GCGCACGUUGAUUCAUGAUGACGCGGCAAUAGUGCGUGAGCGUUGAGUUGGGUACGGUACUCCAUUGCGCUUAGGCUUAGCUGCACGCACUUGCACUUGCACUUGCCCUUUUGGCAAAGCCAACCAAUUUACCUUUCACGGAGCCAACCAGUUUACCUUUCACGGAGCCACCUGACCUGACACGCUCUCUCUCUCUCUCUCUCUAUCUCUCUCUCUCUCCUCUGUUGUCCUUGAAAUAACGAAGCGGUGGAAGUUUCAGGCAUUAGACCCAGUUCGUCUGCCCCAUAUCCAGUUGCACACGCGUACAAUUCCCACUGUUUCCCACAUUCCAAGGUCGUGUAGCUUGAAAGCUUGGCCAUUUGUUAUCCGGGUAUUCUUCGGUUUACUUCACAGUAAUCGAGGAAUGCAGGGAUCGGGGUGAUCGGCGUGUCGUUUACUACUGUUGCUUUGGAUGGCAUUGAAGUUUCUUGGUUUUGUAAUGGGAAUGAACUCAUUAAUACUGUUCUUUAUGAGAUUGUAGUUAAAGGUGUUGAAUUGGGUCUGCAGAUUUGACAGAAUUUGAUGAUGAAUACCAAAGUCAGGACCACGCUUCAGUCCAUGAAAGCUCCUAUGAAGCAUGAAAAUGAGAAGCUGGAUAUGCAGGGGAGAAAGAUAAAUGGUGCUGCAAAAACGUCCACGAGUCAACGAGCCUCCGGAAAAGAAAGAAAAAUUGCUUUGCAACAAGAUGUUGAUAAGCUCAAGAAGAAGCUUAGACACGAAGAGAACGUUCACAGAGCUUUGGAGAGGGCUUUCAACAGACCCUUGGGCGCUCUACCUCGUCUUCCUCCUUAUCUCCCUCGUCAUACACUGGAGCUUCUUGCCGAGGUGGCUGUUUUGGAAGAGGAAGUGGUUCGGCUUGAAGAACAAGUUGUGCAUUUUAGACAGGACCUGUAUCAGGAAGCUGUCUACAUUUCAUCCUCGAAAAGGAGCAUAGAGAAUUCAGCUGAUUCAAAUGCCCUAUACCCGGUUAAGAAUCACAAACCAGAGCGAUGCAAGUUUUCAGCUCAAAAUAAGGGUGACUCUACUGUUUCCACAAUGCGGCAUAGAGCAACUCUUUCUUAUGAUGGGCGGGGAAAAGAGGACCAAUCAUGUACUAAUUUGACAAAGAACCAAAAGCGAUCCUCAAUCCAUAAAUCCCAUACAGUUCAAACUCCAGUUAAGAGACCUCUCGUAAGCCAUAGAUCAGCAGAGAAGCGUUUAGAUCAAGCAAGGCUAGAAGCAAACAGAAUUUUUGACGACCCAAACAGAAUUUCUGAAAAUACUUUGAAGUGCUUAUCAAGCAUUCUCCUCAGAAUGAGUUCGAUGAAGAAUCGAAAUAGUGCAGAAAAUUUACCCUCCUUCUCGACAUUAGUAACUCGGAAAAGCAAUGAAGAAACUAACUAUUGGGACCCUUAUGGUAUUUGUUCAGAAUUUGGAAAGAGAGAUAUUGGUCCAUAUAAGAAAUUAUGUGAAGUUGAAGCUGCCUCAAUCAAUCCAAACCGAAUAACAACUUCUUUGUUUCUACUUCGUAAAUUAAAACUCCUCCUUGGGAAACUUGCCUCUGUCAACUUAAAGAGCCUCACCCAUCAGGAGAAGCUUGCGUUCUGGAUCAACAUUUACAAUUCCUGCAUGAUGAAUGCAUUCCUAGAACAGGGCAUACCAGAGAGUCCUGAGAUGGUUGUUGCUUUGAUGCAGAAGGCAACAAUAAAUGUGGGGGGACACUUGCUAAAUGCAAUAACUAUAGAACAUUUCAUUCUGAGAUUGCCUUACCACUCAAAAUAUACAUUUGCCAAGGGUGCAAAAAAUGAAGAGAAGACAGCGAGAAGCAUAUUUGGCUUAGAGUUUUCUGAACCGUUGGUGACAUUUGCACUGUCCUGUGGAAGCUGGUCCUCCCCUGCUGUGAGAGUGUACACAGCAUCUCAGGUUGAGAACGAACUGGAAGUGGCUAAAAGAGAGUACUUACAGGCUGCAGUUGGAAUUUCAACUACCAAGUUUGCUAUCCCAAAACUGUUGGAUUGGUAUUUACCUGACUUUGCAAAGGACUUGGAGUCAUUGCUUGAUUGGAUCUGCCUUCAGUUACCAAGUGAACUUGCAAAAGAAGCAAUUAAGUGCCUUGAGAGUGGCGAAAAGGAACCUCUUUCACAGUUUCUCCAAGUUAUGCCAUAUGACUUUAGUUUUAGGUACCUUUUAUACUCUUAAAACUUUUGCUUCAACAAUAAGUUUUUGUCACUUGGGUUACAAUUUUUUUGUACACGGUUAUUGAAUGCAUAAGAAAGCUAGAUGUAUAUGGUCUCCUUGUAAGUAGUUAUGAGAUAAUGUUGUCUUCCACUGA